UUCUUGGGCUUGGCCUCCUUUGCGGAUCUUUUGCCAAGGGCAUGGCACUCGCUGGGCAUUUGUUCCAUGGCAGGCUACGCCAAUCACGCCGGCGCCCUCGCCCUCAGGUUGGACGUGAAUCUCAUGUUGCGACUGUCCACAAGACGGAAUGGGCGGCAUGCUGCUCUUCUGUCCGCUCCAGCCCAGCCAGCUUCCAGCACUGCGACCUUCACACCUGGCUUCAUCCGCUGCCUUGGCCUUUCUCCGCCCGCGACCAACAUGACAAUGUCGCAGCCGCUGUUGGCCAUGCCACGCCGCCUCUCUUUGUUCUCACCCGAGCCCAUGCACAUGAUGUUGCCAAGGUCCACGUGAAAGCCCUCCCUCGAUGCCCAUCUCCGCCCACUCGAGACCAAGACUACACGGCCUGCUCGAGUGCUGCGAGGGGGCGCUGCCGGCGCCAUUGGCACCGCUGGCUGAUCUUCCACUCGGUCACUAAGUCGGUGGAUACAUUACUUGAUAGCCAGGCAGCAAGACAUGGCAAGCAAGAAAACUGA